GAUAUUAUGACUACAAUACCUUCCAGGCAUAAGAAUAGCACAAGUUCACCCUCGUCAUUUUCAGGAUUUGCCUCAUGUAGAAUUGUAAUUGACUGCACUGAUAUAGAAAUUGCUACUCCAGGUCUAAUGAGCCAACAAAGUGCAACUUAUUCUAGCUAUAGGGGUAUGAAUUCAUUUAAAGUUUUAGUAGGUGUUGCACCAAAUGCAGUAAUUACAUUUGUUAGUCCUUUGUAUCCUGGGUCUAUUUCGGAUAAAGAAAUUGUAAGUAAAUCAGGGUUCUUAAAACACCUGCAGACAGGGGAUUUAAUUCUUGCGGAUAAGGGAUUCCUUAUYGAAAGUAUAGUGCCGACUGGGGUAGCAGUAAAUAUCCCCCCCUUUUUAAACAAUGGAAAGUUUACUGAAARUGAAGCUAGGGCAACCAAGUCAAUAGCAAAAUGCCGAAUUCACGUGGAAAGAGCCAAUGCUAGACUAAAAGAUUUUAAAAUUUUGAGUUUUGUACCAUCUUAUCUUAGAUGCCAUGCAGAUAUUCUUUUUCAGUUGGUUGCUGYAUUAGUAAAUUUGCAAUUCCCUCUUAUAAAAGAGGUUUCUGAAGGGUUAAAUUUUGAUUGAUAUAAAUAGUUUUGAUGGUUAGAAAUAAAGAUUUUAAUAACAUGUCAUUGUAUAAAUGUUUCCUUUAGAUGUCUCAUAAAAAAGAAAAAGGAACUACAACUGUAACUGAAACUUGCUUAUUAAACAUAUUAUAUUUGUAAAUAUAGAUAUUAUAGUAAGUUGUAAUAAAAAAAUAUGUUAACUUC